AUGCUGAUCGAUGUGUCGCAGCUGGUAUCGGCCUACUACACUGUUCGGCCACAGCCCGACGACCCGGCGCAGCAAGUCUCGUUUGGCACUUCGGGCCAUCGCGGAACGUCGCUCGAGGCGACCUUCAAUGAAGCUCACAUCUUGGCCAUCACGCAGUCGAUUUGUGAGUUCCGUAUCCAGCAUGGCACCCUUGGCCCGCUCUACCUGGGCCGCGAUACCCACGCGCUGUCCGAGCCCGCUCAGACCACCGCUCUCGAGGUGCUGGCUGCCAACGGUGUCGAGACGAUCUUGCAAGAGAACCGCGGCACCACGCCGACGCCGGUGAUCUCGCACGCCAUCUUGACUUACAACCAGGCUCGCGACCGAGGCUUGGCCGAUGGGGUGGUGAUCACCCCGUCACACAAUCCGCCGGCCGAUGGCGGCUUCAAGUACAACCCGCCCUCCGGCGGUCCGGCGGAUACCGCCACCACCCGUUGGAUUCAAGACCGGGCCAACGCCAUCCUGGCUGACGGGCUGAAAGCAGUGCGGCGGCUGUCGGCGGCGCGGGCCCUGGCCGCCGUGACGACCCAUGGGCGAGAUCUGAUGUCGCCUUACAUCGAGGAUCUGGGAGCGGUGCUCAACCUGGAGGCGGUGGCGGCGGCGGGCCUGAGGUUGGGGGUCGAUCCGAUGGGCGGUGCGGCGGUCGACUAUUGGGGGCCGAUCGCCGAGCGCUGGCAGCUCGAUCUCGAGGUGGUCAAUCCGCGGCGCGAUCCGACCUUUGCCUUCAUGCCGGUAGACAAGGACGGCAAGAUCCGCAUGGAUUGCUCGUCGCCGUGGGCGAUGGCCGGGCUGAUCGAGCUGCGCGAUCGCUUCGACGUGGCGUUCGGCAACGAUCCCGAUGUCGACCGCCAUGGCAUCGUCACCAAGAGCUCGGGCCUGUUGGCGCCCAAUCAUUACCUGGCGGUGGCGGUGGAUUACCUGUUCGGCAACCGGCCGGGUUGGAGCGCCUCGGCAGCGGUGGGCAAGACCUUGGUGUCGAGCUCGAUGAUCGACCGGGUAGCCGCUGGCCUUGGUCGGAAGCUGGCAGAGGUGCCGGUGGGCUUCAAGUGGUUCGUGCCUGGCCUGCUCGACGGCAGCUUGGGGUUCGGUGGCGAGGAGAGCGCCGGUGCUGCCUUCCUGCGCCGCGAUGGCAGCGCCUGGACCACUGACAAGGACGGCAUCCUGCUCGAUCUGCUGGCGGCCGAGAUUACCGCUGUCACCGAUCGUGAUCCGGGCGAGCACUACGCCGCUUUGGAAGAACGCUAUGGCACGGCGCACUACGAACGCAUCGACGCGCCGGUGAGCCCGUCGCAGAAGGCUGUUUUGCUGGAGCUGUCGCCCGAUCAGGUGGUCGCCGAGGAACUCGCCGGCGAGCCGGUGAGGGCCAAGUUGACCCACUCGCCUUGGGGGCGCCAGGCCAUUGGCGGGCUCAAGGUAGAGACUGAGAAUGGCUGGUUCGCCGCCCGGCCCUCAGGCACCGAGGACAUCUACAAGAUCUACGCCGAGAGCUUCCUCGGCCAGGACCAUCUAAAGCAAAUUCAGCAGCAGGCGCAAGAGAUCGUUGGUGCUGCUUUCACCGCCGCUGGCGCCUGA